AUGAAUCCUUUCAACAAUCUCUUUGCAUUGGCCUUUCUCCUGCUGAAUAUUGGACAGGGAAAUGCAUGGACGCCCCAACAACAACGACAACAACAACGACAGCAACAACAACAACAAGAAACUAAGAAUAUUGUUGCUGGACGCCGAACAUUUUUAAAGUCAGCAGCACUUGCAUCCGGAGCCAUUCUGGUUGCCAAUAAUGGACAACCACUGGCGGCCAAUGCAGAGUAUGGAAUCGAUGCCAAAAUGUCCUUUCCUGAUGUCAUCCAAGGUCUUAACGAUCGCGCCAACAAACAAUGCUUGGUGGAAUCCUUGGGCAACCGAGAAUGUUUGGUGUACAUGGAGGAUGCUGAAAAAUUCUUAUUCCGCCAUUGGCUGGUGGAAACCAAGAAAUGGAAUGCCAUUAAUGGAAUCUUGACGGGUCCCAUGGGACAACUAUCCGCUACCCUGACCAUGAUCACGAGCUUGGCAAGCGAUCCAAAGGUGGCCAAAGACAAGGCACAAACGGUCAAACAAGAUUUGUUUGCCAUGGGAACGGCCAAUACCAACAAACAGGGUGAUGUCGUCCUCAAGUAUCAAAAGAAGGCCAUGGACGAUUUGGCAGCCUUUUUGCAGUCACUGUGA